AUGGAUAUCAUCAUCCUAGGUGGCGGCAUAGCCGGCCUAACGACCGCUCUUUCCCUAACCAAGUUUGCUCCUGCCUCGUCCACACCAAACAUCACCAUCUUUGAGAUCAGGCCAGAGCCUGCAACAAUCGGCGGUGCUGUAAACCUCACACCCAACGCCCUACGUCUGCUUUCACAUCUCGGGGCUCUUGAUGAGAUCCGCGCCAAAAAAUAUGGCGCAGAGUGUCUUGCAGUCGAAGUUUUCGACCUCUACACCAACGUCAAGAUAGCAGAAAGCUCAUUCAGAGGACCAGACGGAAAGGGAUUGGGUGAUCCUCCAUUCACCGCUCUGAGAAUCACGAGAGGAGAAGCGCUCAAAGGCGUGCUUGCUGCCAUUGAGAAACAUCCAAAUAUCAAGCUCACAUGCGGCAAGAAGACGGUCAAGAUCAACGAAAGCGACACUGGUGUGAGCAUCGACUUCGAAGACGGAGGAAGCGCAAAGGCGGAUAUACUUAUCGGAUGUGACGGUAUCCACAGCGUCACCCGCCUCAAGCACGUCGAGCCCGAGCGGAAAGCAAUGUACAGCGGCAUAUGCAACGCCUUUGGCUUUGCACCCCGGCGAAAGAUGGACUCCAGUCAAGACUAUGAGCCUACGCAUUUCGAAGUUAGCGGCAUGAACUUUGGUCGUCGCGGCAUGAUGUUAACGUCCUUCCACGACCAAGCCCAAGAAAGCAUCUACGUAGGCGCGCUGAUGCAAGUCCCCGAGAUCGCUGACCGAAACGGCUGGAAAGCAGCAGGAGCAGAUGUGCAGAAGAUCCGCGAUGAAAUGCUCGAUCGCUACUCAGGUGCUGCGAACCCACAGAUUGCACACUGGAUUGAAGAUGCAGAGGGUCUAUAUCUCUGGCCGGUGUUCACUCUUUCCAAAGGGGGCAAAUGGGCUACUGACCGUGUUAUGUUGAUUGGAGAUUCCGCACACGCCAUGCCUCCACAAGGUGAAUCUACAGGCAUUGUCUUCGAAGAUGGUGUCUUGUUCUCGCGCUGCUUGGCUAAAUGGAUCGAAGAGAAACGUGACGAAGGCGUACCUGUCAAGGAAGCUUUUGACGCGUAUGAAUCUCUAAGACGUGCAAGAAUCGAUACUGCUUUCGAUGAGAGUCAAAGUGUUGUCAAGACGGUGCAGGACACGCCUUGGUUAGGGCAUAAGAUCAAGAUGAAUGUUGUGCCAUGGUAUCUUUGGUGGACGAGGAGUUAUCGGGAGAAGCAUUUCGUAGAGGACGUUACAACGUGCGACAUCGGGUAUUGA